AAACAACAAACUUCCUAAAUUUUUAGCCUGUAGAACAAUUCUAAGAAGAUGAAUUAUUUCCCUUGAAUUUUGACCAAUCUUGCAAAAUGACAAAGACACAAAAGAAUCGCAGUAGUCAAUAGGAAAUUAAAUAGGAAGUUUGUACUUAUAAGGUGAAAAAAUUAAUGUAAAACAGCUAAAUCAAAAUCUUUUUAGACAUGAACAAAAAUAGGGUGAUCCUUACUAUAGAAGUUUGUAUCUGUAUAUAUAUUGAUAAAUAGCACUUGAAACAGUUCAAAGAGGGUGAACAAAUGCACGUUUGAGGAUUGCAAAGGGGACAAUCAAAGAUAGCUAUUACAUCUCACAUUUAUGUAUUGCAAAGGGGACAACCAAAGCUAGCUACUAGAUUCGAAUAUUAGCUAGUCACUCAUGGCUCUACCUUGUGGAAGCAGGAGGAGGUGGUCGAGGGUGGUAAAGAUGGCUUUCUGCUUGUUCUUUCUCAUACCAAUGUCAUCAGUUGGAAAUAGAAACACUAACACCAUAUUCAAUAAGAAACAAAAACUGGAGGUUCAACAGCAAUUGAAGCGCCUUAACAAGCCUGCUCUUAAAUCCAUCGAGAGCCCAGAUGGAGAUAUAAUCGACUGCGUAGAUAUAAACAAGCAACCAGCUUUUGAUCAUCCUUUGUUAAAAAAUCACACAAUUCAGAUGAGACCAAGUUCUUACCCAGAAGGGUUUUCAUUCGAUGAGAGCAACGACGUCUCUUCAAACUCCGAGCCCAAAGUGAGUCAGCCAUGGCACUUGAAUGGAAGGUGCCCAGAAGGAACAAUUCCCAUAAGAAGAACUAAAGAAGAAGAUUUAUUAAGGGCAGGCUCUGCAGCAAAUUAUGGAAGGAAAAAACACCAUUCCAUCCCUAAUGCUGAUAUCGCUGGAAUUACCCAUGAGUAUGCAUUGCUUUCUGAGGAAGGAGAUAAGUACUAUGGAAUGAUGGCAAAUUUGAACGUGUGGAAUCCCCAUACCAUGGACUCAAAUGAGUUCAGCGUGUCUCAAUUCUGGAUUGCAGCUGGUGACCCUGAUCAAGAUCUUGAUACCAUUGAAGCCGGCAUAACAGUCUACGAACAUCUAUAUGACGAUCAACAAACUAGACUCUUCACGUUUUGGACUGAUGAUUCAUAUAGAACCACAGGUUGCUACAAUCUGAAUUGCCCUGGCUUUGUUCAAGUCGACAACCAGAUUGCAGUGGGUGCAACCGUCACCCCUUAUUCCAUCUAUGGUGAUACCCAACGUACACUCGAAUUCUAUGUUUAUAAGGACAUUAAUGGAAAUGGAGACUGGUGGUUGAAAAUUGCGCAAAGAAACUUCGGAUAUUGGCCAUCUUCCUUAUUCUCGCUCCUGUCUGAUAGUGCUUCAUCCGUUCAAUGGGGAGGAGAGGUGACAAACUUAAAGCUAGGUGAACAGCACACCACAACACAAAUGGGCAGUGGGCAUUUCCCUGAAGAAGGGCCUGGCAAGGCUAGUUACUUCGAUUCACUCAAUGUUAUUGAUGGUAAAAAAGUUCUCAGACAUCCCUGGAACAGUCAUACAAUGAUAACGAAUCCCAAUUGCUAUAAUAUCAUAAAUUAUGGAGACCACUUUUAUUAUGGUGGUCCUGGUAGAAACCCCAAUUGUCCAUGAUCAUUUAGAUUAUUGUUUCAAAAUAAGGAGAAAGAGGGAAACAUAUGAAGAGGGGAA